AUGACGCCUUACUUUGGCUUCGGCGCCUUGAUGAACCAAAUCUCCUUGCGGAUGCGCGGGGUGUACCCCAGGUCGAGUGCCGCCGCGAAGCUCGUCGGCUUUCGCUUGGUCUUCAGUGGAAGCCACGGCAUGGCCACUGUGCUGCGCAGUUCUGCAGCUGAUGCCGUCUAUGGUGUCCUUCACAUGGUAUCUGCAGAAGAGAAGCAACGGCUCGAGUCCAGCGAAAGCUCCUACGAAGCAGUGGAAGCAGAGGUUCAAAUGACCAGAAAUGGGCAGCGUGUGAAGUGUACCCUCAAUGUCAUGCUGCCUGACGUGACUGAUUCGUUCUUGGAUUCGUUGCCCUCCGAGCGCUACCUCGCCGUGAUGAUUGAAGGAGCCAUACAGCAUGGCCUCCCAAAAUAUUGGAUUGAGAUGCUUCAAACACAUCCCUGUGCUGCUCGUUCCAGCUAUCAGCGUUUCCCUUCGCCGGACAAGCAAACAGCGCAAUGGCUGACGCAGGAGCAGCUUGCUGGCUUGGAGGGCCUCACCUUUGCCAUCAACGGGAAGAUCUUCCGUGUGGCGCCCGACGCGCCCAGCCACGUGAAGCGCCAGGUGAUGAUCUAUGGGGCAGGCAAAGAUCAUACAUGGGCCGUGGCUCAAGAGUAUUACGAACCUUUGCAUGGCGAGCCCCGCUCUUUGGAAGCUCUCACAGAGGCUCAUCGUGCAUUUUGUGAACAUCAGUUGGUGAUGCAGUACUGCGGGCCGACCGCGGGAUGCGCUUGCGGCAUUUGUCCCAUUGGAUGGUUGAAAUAG